UGUUUAACACUAAACUUUUAAAACCAGCUUUACUACAUUCGUCCUGGAAACAUAUAUAGUACGAAUACAUAGAAAACAACACUUCUCCUCACUAAACCUCACUUCAUUCCAUCUCUAUUACUAACUACUAAGGAAGGUAGAAAGAAAGAGGCAACAACCAAAGAUUUGGUUUAUGUAUUAUUGCUAAUGGAAGCACCAUUGCUAGUAUUAUUCAUCAUCUUAAUCCUGAUUACUGUCAACAAUCUCAGAGGGGUAGAGUCCAUUGCCUUUACAUUUAAAAACAACUGCCCAUAUACUAUAUGGCCGGGGACUCUCUCUGGCGCAGGCAGCCCAAUAUUAUCUUCGACAGGAUUUGAGCUUCCUAAUGGUGCCACAUUUACUCUUGAUGCACCGACUCCUUGGUCUGGCAGGUUCUGGGCACGCUCACUUUGCCAGUCUGAUGCCACCGGCAAAUUCAGGUGCAGCACAGGGGAUUGUGGUUCUGGUGAGAAAUCAUGUAACGGAAAAGGAGGAGCUCCACCUGCAACCCUAGCAGAAUUCACUUUAGGAGGAAGCACGAACAAGGACUUUUAUGAUAUCAGCCUCGUCGAUGGCUUCAACUUACCGUUAUCAGUGGUCCCACAGGGCGGGACUAAUGAGUGUCCUGCUACAAGUUGUGCAGCCAAUUUGAACAUUCAGUGCCCAGAAACACUGUCUUUUAAGGAUACUAAAGGGAGUACCAUAGGUUGUAAGAGUGCAUGUUUGGCAUUUAACCAGCCACAAUAUUGUUGUACAGGGGAAUACAAGACACCGCAAACAUGCCCACCAACAAAUCAGUCACUAUACUUCAAGAACCGGUGCCCUCAAGCUUAUAGCUAUGCCUAUGAUGAUUCUACAAGUACCUUUACGUGCCCUACAGGUGUUAAUUACCUCAUUACUUUUUGCCCUUGAUUCUUUUGGAAAAAACCACAAGAACAAUACCAUGUACGCAGUAAGUUUUAUAGUAGAAUUGCAGCAGUUUCUAUGUUAAUAAUUCUAUCAGGUAUGAAGAUCCGAGGACAAUUGAUAUAAAGGGGGUCGAGCUGAAAGUCUUUGACACCAGCAUAGCCUGUUUACCAGAGUUUCCAGCACUAAACAAGCAGGGCUAAUAUAAUUUUAUUGUAUGCAAGCCAAAAUUUUAUAUUCUUAGAUGGUGUAAAUGAAGAUAAUUAUUAGAAGAUAGUCUAUUGUACAAGGUCAACCAAGGGAAAAGGGAAUAUACGAAUAGGAUUUCUACGAAAUAACUCCCUCAUACCACGGGAUUCCUCUUCCUCAAAAUUUUCUUAAGCUUAUAUUCAGGUUCCUAAAUAGCAAAAGCAUGACUUCAUCCAAGCCAUUCCAAGGCUUUGAA